GCUUGCUUUCAGAAGUCUCUAAAUAGCCMGAGAGGAUCGUUAAGAGCUGAGAAGGGCUUGAAUUUUGCAACAAAAGUUCCACCAAAUCCGCCAUUUUGUUUACCACGUGUUGUUGAUAGAGACUGAGAACUAGUUUUCAGACCCUUGCAUGUGCUACUAGCAACGCCUGAUGGUAUUUGCUGCCGACAUUAUUUUGAAGAGGAAGUGAAGAUUGAAUGAAGUCUUAAAGUUGCGUUAAACUCCAUUCUUAUUAGCAGCAAGAUGUAMUUUGCUMUUCCUAUUAUGCUAAGGCAAUGUUGUUKAUGUUUUGGACAUGAGUAAAGGGUUUUCUAGCUCCAAUCAGAGAGGUAGGGGGCGUGCUGCCUCUCCUACUGUUAGCAAGUUCAGCUACGAUCUUUUUGAGCUCGCUCAUAUUCUGAGAGUUCGUCCAAGGGCAACUCUACAAGCACAGGAGCAGUCCGGAAACACUUCGAGGUCCUGUCUUCCUCCUGCCCAUCUACCAUUUAUCCAAACAGCAUCAUGGUACAAAGAUGACUAUGGUUGCCUACUAGUUCUACUCUGUAGCAAUGGUGCUCUUCUGUUAUGGAGUACCAGCAAGGAUAAAUCUCCAGUUACCAAGCAGAUAUCAUGGUUUCAGAAUCCCAAGAGAGCUAUCAAAGCACUGUCUUUAGAUCCCAGUGGCUGUUGGUUGGUAUGUGCAUGUAUGGACACAAACCUUUAUAUCGUACCAAUACAGGGUAUAAUUAAGACAGAAGGGAGAAAAUUACCUACUAAUAGACMAUGGAAGGAUGAUGACAUCACAAAAGUUGCUUCACAGAACACAAGAAGUCAGCCUGGYAGUGUUGCRUGGUGGCAUACMGAGGAUGAUUWCCAGAUGUGUAUAGUUGGUACAGAGUURGGGGAGGUGAUGCUUGUAGACCUGUGYACUGGRGCWUCAAUUAUGGCUGUUGAUCUGAAAGAAAGUGUCACUACUUUGGAAUUGCUACAGGACAAGCAACACCAAAUUACUUCUGUUAUGAUUGGAACAACAUCAGGGGAGACAUGGCAGUUGAUACUUGAAAGCAAAUCCAUAUCCCAAAGAAAGCUGUCCCUUGACAGAAUGAACAGCCCUUCAGUUGCGUCUGGAAUGGGAUAUGAGAUGGUUGGCUUAAUGGGGAUUCCCCUAGAGAGCUUUCAAGGCAUUAAAGAAUGGCAAGACAGACUUGUACCAAUGCCGAUUAAGAGCCCCAUGGGUGAAGUGUUAUUCUCYGUUCAACAUGCAAGAAAGCAGGUUUUUAUUGGYGCRCAUAACCAAAGAACUGAUAUUUUACAGGUAUAUGACACAGAUAUCGACCAUCUCCCUAUGUUUAUCUACCAACUUCCUACAGGAACAUCGGAAUUUCUUCUCACAGACAGACUUCUCUUCACAGUGGUCCAUGCAGAUCAGGCAAAGACAUCCCUUUGUAUUCUAUCAAGUCAACUUGCAGAAACAUCGCAGUCAAUCCCAAGAUCACCUAAGAAUAGAUCAGACUCCAGUAUAAUACAAACCUUCACAUUGCCGCCAGAUGAGCAGGUCGUUGGUCUAUUCAAGGAGACAAAGAUCAUGGAGGGACUACAAAAGCCAAACUCAGAGGGGGAAGGGUCAGGAGGCCAUCUGCCUAGUCGAAUGUAUAGUGUUGAUGGCUGCAUCCUUGUCACAACCAGUGCUAUAUAUGAAUGCCGACCAAGUAUUUCUCCGGAAAAGCUUUUCCUUGAUCUAGCCAUCAACAACACAGACAACAUUGCAGCUGAUAUGCUCGCUAUCACUACCGGUCUUGAUGUAAAUACUUUAUAUGAGAUGGCUGCUGAAGAGGCUCUUGAUAAAGAAAAGUACGAACAUGCAAUGAAGCUGUAUCAGCUAUCUAAGUGUCCUUUCAGCAAAAGAGUUGCACAGUUUGCUAAACACAACAGAGUUGGCGACAUUCUUACCUACUUACGACAGGCUUUGAGCAAGCACAGUGACUUUCAUACUGCUGAAAGAAAGCAGCUGUCAAAUUUUGCUCUUUACUGCUUUGUACAGCAGAUUCUAGAGCACAGCGGACAAGCAAGGAAGCAAAGGAUGUUGAGUGAAGCCUUUAGUCAAUUCAUCAAUGACAAUUUUGACUAUGACCAGUACUGUGCUYUAAAAUUACUGGCAUCUCAUGGACUCAAAGAACACUUGUUUGAUGUGGCAAAGGCACGUGGUUUGAUGGCUGAAGCACUGGAUGUACUUUAUCAAACYGGACAAUUUCACUUGUCUACUGAGCUAUUGAAUAAACUUGCAGCUCGAGGGUUCACUGACAUUGUUAGUAAAGCAUCAAAAGGAGCUUUUCUGUACACUAUGGGACCAAAUGAAGCAGUGAAUUUCCUUCUUACAAAGCCAGAAACUAUUUUAUCACACCUGAAGUUCUUGUUGAGUCAGCUGAUGUCAUUAGAAGAAGAGAGUUUGAUACACAUUGCCAAAGUGUUGGAUCCGUCCCGUCCWUCUUUCAGGUCAUUGUUGUCAAAGAUAAAGACAACUUCCAAAUCAAGGUCAGUAUCAAUAAGCUCAAUGGCAUCCCUCUUGUCYUUGGAAAGCACAGCAAGUUUCACCAUGGAGGAGAUGAAACAACCCAGCAUUKCUGAUCUUCUUCAUCUUUUUCUGUGUUGUCUUCUUGUCUUGAAUCAUCGCCGAGAGAAACAACAAGACCCUUUAGCUAGAAUUUCAAACAUCAAGAUUGUAUGUGGUCAACCAACAUCUCCUACAAGAUCUGACAGUAGAAAAAGGGAAGGCACUAUAGAUACCUUGUGCCAGCGCACCAAGCUUUCUUGUGGUCAGCAGCAUACUGCAGUCAUAAGUACAUCUGGUGAUGUUUACACRUGGGGAAAAUCUCACAAAGGAAGGCUUGGACAUGGUGACUUGAUUGAAGAAGAGGGAAAAUCAACACCUUUUCGUGUAGAAAUUCUCCACAUGCACAGGAUCAAAGUUCUAUCUGUUGCAUGUGGAAUUGAACACACUCUAGCAUUGUGUAGAGAUGGUGUUUAUGCCUGGGGAUCAUCUGAAUAUGGCCAGCUUGGCCAGGGUGACACCAAACAACAUACCCGUCCAGUAUUCAUCACUGAACUUUCAGAUAAAUCCUGYAUCGCWGUUGCAUGUGGACAUUAYCAUUCMSUUGCACUAUCAGCAGACCAAAGGGUGUGGUCUUGGGGCUGGGGUGUCCAUGGACAACUAGGAAUGGGAAGUAUAGAAGAUAUGUUAYUGCCAAGUCAUGUGACGAGUCUGGAUCAUUUGGAAGUGACCCARAUGGCUGCUGGGUAUUCUCAUACUGUYGUUCUUACAACUGAGGGACAAGCUUAUACAUUUGGAGGAGGACUGUAUGGUCAACUUGGGCUGGGAACAAACACAAAGCAAACUYUGCCAAGACUUGUUGAGUCGUUAAAGGAAAAACACAUCUCAAUGAUCUGCUGCGGAUCCUUUGAAACUGUUGCAGUGACAUCAGACCAGAAAGUCUAUAACUGGGGAAGAAACCCUCAUUAUGUKCGGCUUCAUAUGAAACCAGAAAUUCGCACCAAGAAAUUGAUUGGCUCUUCAUCAUCAGGUGCUCUGUCACACAGACUUGUACCCACACUGAUGAAUUGUACCUUUGGAUCUAGGAUUGCAGAAAUUCAUUGUGGCAAUCUGCAUUAUCUGGUAGUGAYGGAAUCAGGUGAAGUGUUUUCAUGGGGCUUCAAUGACCAUGGUCAACUUGGUUAUGGUAAUAAAAAAGAGGAACAGUCUCCAUCAAAACCCAUUCCAGGACUUAAAGACAAGUAUAUCAAAACAGCAAGUGUUGGAGCUGAGUUUUCUGUUGCCAUGGAUGCAUCAGGACAAGUGUUUGUUUGGGGAAGAGCUGACUCUGGUCAGCUUGGUCUAGAUGCAAGUUUGAUUGGUUCUACAAAAGAAAUCUCAAAUCCUGUUGCUCUCACAAAUUUACCGCUUCUUAACAGUGAGGAAAGUGCUAGUCUUUCUGAGUCUGUCAGCUCAUCUGAACCAAUGCCAGACAUAGACUGGAAACUCCCAGAUUUGUCACAAGUUGGUUCAARAGGGAUGAUUUAUGGCAGAGAAGCUUUGACACUUGCACUAAACUCACUUUAUCUUAACUACUCAAACAACUUGGUAUUGAGACAUUCUCAAGAUAUUGCUCUUGGAAUUAGACUUAAGUUUCUCAGUCAAUGCUACAAUGAAGCAGAUGGUGGGAUUAAGGAAGACAUUUUCCUAGAGUUUGCCAUCGCCAUUAUCAGCCACAGUUUAGGAAUCAUYGAAGAAAAAGAUCCAGACUUAUAUGGAUACGAUGAACAAGUAAAACAUAUUUUACAAGAGAUUCUAAAGUUUUGGUCAAUGCACAAGCUUCCUCAACAAGAUCUAGAAAACAUUUUGAGUGUACACUUAGAGAAAAUUGCUUACCCAUUGAGUCUUCUCAUCAUAAGAAACUCUGUGUUUGAUCAACAAGAACAAUCUGCAUCUAGUCCUGUACACAAUGAAUUUCAAGAGUUGUCAUUCAGUGGGGAAUUUUUAACUUGUGUUGUGCAACUUGUGUCUAACAGUAUCAACUCUGGUAGCAUCUUUGAGGAAUACAAUGGGGACUUGUCUGCACUGUUAUCUGAAUCAGAAAUGCUGCAAAAUGAAGCUAAUAAAGUAGAAUUUACAUUUGGAAGUACAGAAGAUGAAAACUCGGUGACGUCUAGCCAGUUACUUCAAGGAAUCAUGGAAAACUUACAAAAAGACUUAGAAAAAUGCACAAGCAUUUCACUUUCCACUACAACUGCAGCAACAAUUGCUGCUGCCGCAGUUUCACAGCARAGAGAAGUACAGCGAGGCAGACUUAAAGGGUUAGACAAUAACUAUGGACCAGAUGUGGUUGUUUUUACUUGUAAUCACCAAUUUCCUAGAGUAUAUUUCAUGGAAAAUAUUUUACCUGAGUUUCAGCAGCGUAUGUCUGAGCUGCUCAUUCCACUAGUUAARACAACAAAGGCUCUGGUCACACACUACAAGAAGUCUGAGUCAAACCUGCUUGCUGCAUGUCCUGUGUGUGUAUAUAAUUCMCUAAGAUCUGAACAAUUAGAGAAAGCUUCUGACAAUGAUAUAAUUAUAACAAAUGGAAUUAAAUCAAAACCCUGGGAUGUAUAACAAAUUGAGAAUUAUCAGAAAAAUAAUUAUUAACAGAUUAUUAGGAAAAGGUUGCCUCUGAGCUCAUAGUUCAUGAGCAGCCAAACCCUCAAGGUAGGCUGGAAACUUUCAAAACCAGGUGCCUAGAGAUUUUGUAAGUGAAACGUUCUUAACUAUUUUUAUUGGCCCUAAAGGCUAGCGUAUCAAAUGUAGACAAAACCUUAGUUUUAGUUAUUUUUUCCUGUAUUUCUUCCUGAUAAUUUUAGUACGAUAUCCCAAGGCAAGAGUUGGUUUUCAUUAUGCCAAAAUUUCAGUAGAAAAAAAAAUAUUGAAUUUUUUCAAAGAUUAACAUAUUUCUAUACUCAGAUCUUUCAAAGUUUCUAGAGAAAGAGUAAAUAAUCAAAGAUWACUAUUUUAUA